AUGGCGCCAGGCAAGGGAGGGGAUGUGCUAAGGAAAAUGCAGAGACGACACAGUAGCAACACGGACAGCAUUCCGUCUGAAAGAAGCCGCAGCCAGGCGCUCAGCCCAGAGGCCAGCGUGGAUGAGGGUGGUGUAUUUGAGAGCCUGAAGGCAGAGUCCGCCUCCCCUCCUGCAAUCUUCUCAGGCCUAGCAGGUGGCCUGCCUGCCAACCCCUUCCCAGCAGGCCUGGUGCUGGGCUCCGCGGCAGGUGGCGGGGACGUGUUCAUCCCCAUGCCAGCCGCCAGGGAUGAGGCCGGUGGCCGCAGCACGGAAGGAAGCAGCUACCACCACCGCCAGCCCCACCACCAUUUUCACCAUGCCGCCCACCGUGGGAGCUCCCUGCUGCAGCACGUGGGUGGGGACCACCACCGUGGGCACUCGGAGGAAGGGGUCGAUGAGCAGCCAGGGACUCCAGCGCCCGCCCUGUCCGAGCUGAAGGCUGUGAUCUGCUGGCUGCAGAAGGGACUGCCCUUUAUCCUCAUUCUGCUGGCCAAGCUGUGCUUCCAGCACAAACUGGGCAUUGCUGUGUGCAUCGGGAUGGCCAGCACCUUCGCCUAUGCAAACUCCACCCUCCGGGAGCAGGUGUCGUUGAAGGAGAAGAGAUCGGUUCUGGUCAUCUUGUGGAUUCUGGCCUUCCUGGCAGGGAACACGCUGUAUGUCCUUUACACCUUCAGCUCCCAGCAACUCUACAGCAGCCUCAUAUUCCUGAAGCCCAACCUGGAGACACUGGAUUUCUUUGACCUGCUAUGGAUCGUGGGGAUCGCAGACUUUGUGCUAAAGUAUAUCACCAUUGCCCUCAAGUGCCUCAUCGUGGCCCUGCCUAAAAUCAUCCUGGCUGUCAAGUCCAAGGGAAAGUUUUAUCUGGUCAUUGAGGAGCUGAGCCAGCUGUUCAGAUCACUCGUUCCCAUCCAGCUGUGGUACAAAUACAUCAUGGGGGACGACUCCUCCAACAGCUACUUCCUAGGAGGGGUCCUGAUCAUUCUCUACAGUCUGUGUAAGUCUUUCGACAUCUGUGGCCGUGUGGGUGGAGUCAGGAAAGCCCUGAAGCUGCUUUGCACCUCGCAGAAUUACGGGGUCCGAGCCACAGGACAGCAGUGCACAGAAGCAGGCGCCAUCUGCGCCAUCUGCCAGGCUGAGUUCCGAGACCCCAUGAUUCUCCUGUGCCAGCAUGUGUUCUGUGAGGAGUGCCUCUGCCUGUGGCUGGACCGGGAGCGCACCUGCCCACUCUGCCGGUCUGUUGCUGUGGAUACCCUGCGCUGCUGGAAGGAUGGGGCCACGUCUGCACACCUGCAGGUGUACUAAACUGAGCACAAGUGUCUGGAGACACCAGAGGGCCCGGCACUGCUGAGCCCAGCCCUGAGGAUUCCUGGGAAACAAC